ACCCACGGGCAAUCUAAAGCAGACUCGGAUCAGUCCAGGAACACACACUCACUCCACUCCUCACUUCUCCUCUUCCGCUCCACGUGUAUAUACAUUCAUCUGACCGCAGGCCGCAUCCAUCAUCAAAUGAACGCCAUCUCGUAUUUAUUUGGUUAUUAAACCUGUUACAAUAUAUGAUCAUUCGAGCAGCUUCACGCGUACCUUUACAUUUUGGGCAAAAAAUGAUUCACGGGUCAUUUUGAACGGUCAUUCGUUGCUCGCAUUGGCAUUCUAUUUAUUUUUACGUCUCUCUCUCACAAAAAAGGUGUUAUAUUAUUUAGAGACAGUUUGCUGAUCUGAAUGCGGAUGAACUCCGCCACAACUCAUCGGAGCACCAGCCCCGGAAAUAGUUUUUUUCCCUACAAGGCUUAAUGAUGGAGAGAAGAAGAAAAUAGAUGAUUCUGAUGGAGAGAGGUCUACACAGUCCCGUGUCUGGCAAAAGGCUCUCAAACCUGUCAGACUCCGUGUUGAGAAAUUCCGUGUUGGAGGCCCUCGAAAAUGCUCAGCACGGUGAUCGACUAAACCCGAAAAUAACUUCCGCCUCGCUUCAUGGAAGUCUCGGGGAUAUUCCAACCAAAGGCAAAUUCGAGACGGACAGACUUUUCGGUGCCCACCACAACAGCGAGAAAAACUCCUCAGCGGAGAUUUCAUUGUCAGAAAGCAGAAAAAAAAUCCAUUUAUACCCUGAAGUUUCUCAAGACUCAGACAUGAACAGUGAUGUGGAGGUGGGAUGCCAAUCGUAUCGUUCCCCGAGCCAACACAAGGAAAACAACAGCAAAGGUUUUUCUGACAAUAAUACUGGAGGCUCCAACACAAAUUCAUCCUUCCUUUCCAAUUUGAACGGGAAUGGAAUGUGUUCAAACAUGUCAAAUGCGGAUCAGGUGAGAAGGUACCGGACUGCAUUCACCAGAGAACAAAUAGGAAGACUGGAGAAAGAGUUUUACAGGGAAAAUUAUGUCUCAAGACCAAGAAGAUGUGAACUUGCCGCAUCACUCAAUCUACCUGAAACUACAAUAAAGGUAUGGUUCCAGAACAGGCGGAUGAAGGAUAAGAGGCAACGUUUGGCGAUGUCUUGGCCCCAUCCAGCAGAUCCAAGCUUUUACACCUACAUGAUGACGCACGCGGCAGCCACCGGAAGUCUACCAUACCCUUUCCAUUCCCACAUGCCUCUUCACUAUUACCCGCAUGUUGGUGUCACAGCAGCUGCCGCUGCCGCAGCUGCGUCUGGUGUUGCAUCGUCACCUUUCACUACCUCCAUUCGCCCUCUCGAUACUUUCCGUGCACUCUCCCAUCCUUACUCACGCCCAGAGCUUCUCUGUGGCUUCAGGCACCCAGGACUUUAUCAGUCACCCGCAGGCCUCAAUAGCUCGGCGGCAGCAGCAGCGGCAGCAGCAGCAUGUGCAGCUGCGGUCAGCGCACCAUCGGCUACUGGGCUAUGCUCGUGCCUCAGUUGUCGCAGCAGCCAGGCGGCCAGCGCGCUAGGCUCCAGAAGUACCAACACUGACUUCACCUGCACCGCAUCCGGGCAGAGGUCCGAAAGUGGAUUUUUUCCGUAUUCUGCAGCUGUCCUGAGCAAAACCUCGGUUCCAUCACCAGACCAGAGAGAGGAAUCUUUACUAAACAGAUAACUUCAUCACUGGAAGAUCUAAAUCAAGUGCAGUUGGUUCUGUUUUAUGCUUUGCUAUUAGUUUAUACAUAGGCCUACAUCUACGACUCCAAUAUUUGGGGGACAAAUAAAGGUAAUUUCAAAACAAUUAGCAUAUUAUUAUUUAUUUUUUAAAGAAGCCAAAAGUGUUAACAUUGGUAAGUGCUAAAUUGACAGUAAUUUAAAGGACCAUUUUGUAGUGCGUUGGUGAUGAAGCUUUAUUUUUCUUACUUCACACCUGGAUUCCUGUGCCUUAAAACCAAGACAUAACUAUCAAAUUCAGUGAUAGGCCCACACUACUCGUGAUUUAUCCACUUAUAUCAAAUAUAUUUUCCAUCAAUUCAAUCUUCUUUUCAAAUUUCCCAGUUGUAUUUUGGUAUUAAUUUAAGGCACUGUAAAAGUAAGCAAUUUUUUUAUUUUAUUAUUGUUCUCUGCACUUAUCAAAUCAAUGCUGGGCAUUGCUUUUCUCUAUGAAAUAUUGUUACGUGUAGAUUCGUUAUUAGUGUAGGUUAUGGUGAGAAUCAUAUUUAAGAUAUGUGCCACAACAACUACUACUGAAUAAUGACCUGUACAGCUCAAGGGAUAUUCCUAAUCUUCAAGUAAGGUGCAUAGAAUUUUGCACCGCUUUGAACUUGUCAGUAAUGAUGUUAAGAAUAGAGGAUUAUGGCGAAAAUUGCCAAUCCUGUACCUUCACUCCUCGUUCUGAGACCCGCUGUCAGGUGCUAUAAUAUAUAGGCGUGUAUGAUCUCCGGUGUAUACUGAUUUAAAUUGAAGAAACAUUCAACAAGUCACAUAACUUAUGUAAAAAUAUAUAUAUAUAUUUUAAAUAAUUUAUGUGACUUGUUGAAUGUUUAUUCAAUUUAAAUCAGAAUACACUGGAGAUCUUACACGCCUAUUUCACCAUUAUUUUUGACUAUUAUAUUGUAAGGUAAACAUGGUUCUAUGGCAACUACAAACCAAAUAAGUCUUAUGUCAUGCAAAAAAACAUGUUAGAAGUCCAUACAUGUAAAAGGCGAGAGUUCAUUUAAACAAGGCCUCCGAGGGCUGAUAAACGAUAAGUGAAAGCUGUUUAAAGGAUUGAAAUAAUGAAAUACUAGUUAUGUCCCCAGGGUCUCUGAGAUAAAUGGAUCUGUAUAUUAUAUCUCUGUAUUUAAAAUAUUACCAACUGUAUGAAUUAAACACAUUUUAACUUGAGAAAAAAUUUGCAAUAUCUUUAUGUAAAUCAUGUAAUUUAUUGAUGAUGUUUUGUUCUUGGGAAAUAAAUAUUUAAAAAAUCGUCAAAACGUUUUCCUAUCUUUGUUUGAGAUAUAUGAAUAAAUGUCUAUAUUAUUGUCAAAAUCACAGGUUUGAAGAGGUAUGAUAAAAGUGAGAUCAUCUUUGGUUAUGGAUGUCAUGUGUUUACAUUUCGUGCAAUAUGUUUAUUAUGCGCUUUAUCUAUUUACAGGUUUAAUCAAUAGGUUCUCAACUGACUUGCCUAGAUAAAUAAAGGUUAAAUAAAAUAAA